AUGGAAUGUCUGAUGUACACAUCCGAGGUUUGGCGUCUCACUCGAAAAGCAGAAAAAGCUUCCCACAGCAUCCCCCGACCGACAUGCUAACUUGGUACUGACCGAGGUGUGCCUCCAGCUAAGGCCCCGACUUUUUUGAUAUCAGCAACCCUUUCCUUCUCCUCAUUCUCCCAACAUCUGGGUUCAGUUAGGUUAUCCUGGCUUUUUAAUCCGUUGAAAACUCACCGACGCUCAAAGUUUUCUGGAUAUGUCCCAGAAGGAUCCCUGCCAGAAGCAAGCCUGUGAAAUACAGAAAUGCUUGCAAGCCAACAACUACAUAGAAUCCAAGUGUGAGGACGUAAUCCGAGAGCUACGAAGGUGCUGUGCCCGGUACCCGAAGGGGAAGUCUGUGGUCUGUUCAGGCUUCGAAAAGGAGGGUGAAGAACGCCAGCAGCUUAAGCCUCAGUCAGAGUGAACCUCUCCAGAAAGAUGAACAGUCGACCGAGCAGUUGUUAUUUGGCCUCCUGAACCGGAGCCCAAAUUGCCAAAUGGAAAAGUCAAGUCUAAGAAUAACUGGUUAUGUUAUCCAGGCCACACAAAUACAUGCAGAGAAUAAAAGCCUGGUAAAGAAAUAAGACGUGAUUUCUAAAACCUUUUACUUUGCCAAGUGGUAAAUUGUCAUGGAGCUGACCUGAUAAAAUAAAUGAAUAACGUAGGAUAUUUUGAUUCUGAAAUGGUCACUCAAGGAAUCAGUUACAGAAUGCGAGUAAUUUAAAAUCUAAAAGGAUUUCUACCCUUCCGUCUUCUCGUUUUCCGCCCAAUAUACUUUUUUUUAAUGAAGCUCGUGAAAUAUAUUCUUGCUGUGGAUAUUAAAUCUAUGGCACAGGAUAUAUUAAACGAACCCCAAAUUUCUCAUAUUCUUAAAUGCUGCUGGUAUCAGGAAGGGGCAGAAAUGGUGCUUUUGUGGCUGAGGAAGCUGAUUUACAUUAAGAUCGGAGUUAGAGGGAGAGCUGACAAGGGAACCUAGGCUCUAUUGUAAGGAUACCCAUUGAGAUUACCCAUUCAAGAAUAAUCUCAGGGGAGUUGGCACGGUUGACAGUGAAGGGAUGUUAGGAAAAACUGUCACGUUCCUUUCACUAAAAUCUAAACUUAAGUUAGAAAACUGGGUCCAGAACUCCCAGCAAGAGUGCAUUCCUAUUCUGCUUCAGGUGUUCUGAAUAUUUUGUUUAGUGCAGAGUCCAUUAACUAAUUUCACAAAUGACAUUGUUUCAGGGCAAGAUGGAAAGGUAAAAUAUAAGAAUAAUUUAAGUAUCACUGACAAAUCAUCCAAAAAAUCCUUUGUUCAAAAGUCAGUAGUGUAGGAAAUACUAAUACUUAGGCCAUUACCACAAAUGGAAUUAUGCAUAGCGCAGAAGCAAUUUUGAAUAUUUGAGUAGGAUCAGUUGGUCAACCCCUUAUUUGUAAAGGGAAAACAUUUUAAGCAUUGAGGUUGUUCUUAGGACAAUUCUUGUCUUUUUAGGUGUGAAAACCCUGAUCUGACCAAGAUCCUCCAAUUCCUUCUGUACCUUCUUUCAAGUAGGAGUUUUUAGUAUAUGCAUGGUUUUUUUUUUUACUUUUUCAUGUGUUACAUUACUUUUGCUCAUUUUUUUUCACUUUUUUUUUUCUUAGCAUGCCCUGAAUGGGUGAUGUUAUCAAUGGUCUGCUAAGAAUCACUUCUUGAGGCAAUAGGUUUCUGGUCACCUGCCCAUGCUGAAUUGGAUAGACAUAAAAUUUCCUCACCACGUACCCAAGAAGGUUUUUCUGUGACAUAACAUUAGUUAUGAUUAUUCUACAUCCACACUUUGUAAUAAAUAUGCCCUUUGACCAGACACUCUGACGUAGGUAAGCGUAGGUAAAGAGUAAAUGUGUUAAUCCCAGAGUACAGCAAAACAGUUUAAUAAAAUAUUUUGCUCAAACCAGCACUUCCAUUAUAAUACAGAAAGCAGUUUUAAAACUAUACAUUAUUAAAUUCUAACUUGACACGAAUGCUAGGGAAGCUUCCUUGAAAAAAAUAAUCUACAAUACCGCAUUUUCAGGCUCAUACAGUACUCUGUAAAAUAAACAAAACACUAGCAGACUGUGGGAGUUAAGCAAGCAACCCCUUUUUUUGCAAAUUUGGCUGAGGCAAAUCCAGCCUAGGGUGGGCUCUAACUGUACUAAGUGCUGUACUAAGCAUUUAGGAGAGUCCACUAUAAUAGAGUUGGUAGUUCAGAGGCCAUGGGUUCAAAUCCCAGCUCUGCCGCUUGUCAGCUGUGUGACAACUUUUCUGGGCCUCCGUUCCCUCAUCUGUAAAAUGGGGAUUAAGACUGUGAGCCCCCCGUGGGACAACCUGAUCACCUUGUAACCUCCC